GAGGAGAGACGUCGCGGAGGAGCCUUAUGAAAUCAAACGUCACAGCAGCUGACCGGGUAGUCUCGAUACAGCACAGUGAACAAGGACACUGAAAGACUGCUAACAGAUAACACCACCUUCUCACGUUAACUGGGCUUCAUUUUUAAAGAGAGAGGAGGAGGUAUUUUCCACAGUUUCCCACAGCACGUCAGCGUCCAGAGGAAGAGACCGAGUGUGAGUGUGACAUGGCAAGUAGAGGCGGAGCUACACGACCCAAUGGGCCAAACGCAGGCAACAAGAUCUGCCAGUUCAAACUUGUGCUUUUAGGAGAGUCGGCAGUGGGGAAGUCAAGUCUCGUACUUCGUUUCGUCAAGGGACAGUUUCACGAAUUCCAAGAGAGCACAAUCGGAGCUGCCUUCCUGACUCAGACAGUAUGUUUGGACGACACAACAGUCAAGUUUGAAAUCUGGGACACAGCUGGUCAGGAGCGCUACCACAGUCUGGCUCCCAUGUACUACAGAGGUGCCCAGGCAGCCAUUGUGGUCUAUGAUAUAACAAAUGAGGAGUCAUUUGUACGGGCGAAGAACUGGGUUAAAGAGCUUCAGAGACAAGCCAGUCCAAAUAUUGUAAUAGCUCUGGCUGGGAACAAGGCUGACCUCGCUAACAAGAGAGCAUUGGACUUCCAGGAUGCACAGUCGUACGCAGAUGACAACAGCUUGCUUUUUAUGGAAACGUCAGCAAAGACCUCUAUGAACGUCAACGAGAUAUUCAUGGCCAUCGCAAAGAAGCUACCCAAGAACGAGCCUCAAGCUGCCGGAGCGAGCAGCGGGCGGAACCGGGGAGUGGACCUGACAGAGACGGCCCAGCCCACCAGCCGUCCCUGCUGCAAUAACUAACCCAGCUCUUCCUGUUCAUCCUCCACACACACACACACACACACACACACACACACACACACACACCCUCACACCCUCACACUCACACACCCCUACUCUGCCCCUCUUCCUCCUCCUCCUCCUCCUCCCAACUGAACAACAUCUGGACAUCGGGCUCCUUGGCUCCCUGACGUCAGACCUGACCUUCACCCUCACUCCCCUUGGAAUAGCUAAAGACUGUAUAGCUGCAUUUCUAAUACCUUUUUUUUUUUUUUUUUUUUUUGAUGUUCUUUUUUUCUUUUCUUUUUUUUAAAAACUUUUUUUAAGAAGUGUAUAUCAGUAUAAUGGAUGCAUGUAUCACUACAACGCCUACACACAAAAAAGACAAAACACACACACACAUUUUUAUCUUUUAUUCAGUUGAGAGUUAGACUAAACCCCAUUUAAAGAAAGAAAGAAAGACGAGUGAAGAGAGAGAAACCUGUGAACGUGUGAUUGUGUCAUGUGUGUAUUUUCCCCGAGAGUGAUUUGCUGAUGAGAAGGUGUAGCCUCAUUUGUCACUUCACAGGGUCGACUGGGUGCGAAUGAUGUUGUCUUUAAAAAUACUGUGUGCGGGUUAAGUUUUGCUCACAAUCAGAAGAAGAAGAAGGAAAAAAAAAUGUUCCCAUCUUGGGAUGCUCGGCUUCUCUUAACUGUUUUGUUGUGAGAGGCAUCGAUGAGUCAAGACAGUGCAAACAGAGCCCUCCACCCUCACCCUUCCUCCGCCAUCAUCCUCCUCUUUCUUCCACAUCUGUUACUCAAGAAGACGUCUUUAUCCAAGACUCCUAAUGGAAAACGUGCAGAAAAUGAAUUUGGUACAGUCGUGUUUUCUUUUGGAAAAGGUUUCGGAAAAUAAAAGAAACCCCAAAAAAAGUAAACGUUUAAAAAAAAAAAAAAGAAAAAAAAAGGAAGAUAAAAAGCCUCAGCGUAGCUCUGGCUUCCUUCCUAUUAUUAUGUGCAACCACUGUCGUUUUUUUUUUUAUUAUUAUUAUUAAAAGCAAAAAAAAGUGGAGACUAAUCUUCAUCUGUAGAGUGAUGUCACGUCGCUGUUACAUUAUAUUAAACAACAGUCGGAGUCUUCAUGGUGUGGGAAUAAAAGGUGGCGUUAACGUGCAGGAAUGAUCGUCCACAGCAUGGGAAGACCAGGAAACGACACCGCCGCGAGCCGCCAUGAGAGUGGUGUGACAGGAUUUUUGUAAAUUCCGCUUUGCUAUUGAACGAAUGCUUUCAUGUCGCAGCAUCUUUCAAGUCCAUCACAGAUGUCUUAUGUUUUAAAUUUCUGACGCUGAUGUGGCUUCACUCGGGAAAAAGAAAAAAAUCUACUUUGAAGACUGUUGGAACAUCCUGCUUUGUGAAUUUGUCUCGCAAAGACUUGAAACAUAUACGACAAUUUCUAUCUAUGUUUAAAAAACUCUGUAAAUCUGCUCUGUUUCUGUUCAGGCCAGUAGUCAACUUGCAUCAAAUUGGGUGAUCUGAAUCAAAGGGGAUAUUUUUUUUUUCUUUUUUCUUUUUUUUUUUUUUAGGAUAAAGUUCAUACAGCACACAAACAGAAAAAUUGGACUACUACCCAUUAUCACAAGUCUGUGGAAAAUAUACUCUAAUGUUGUUAUAGGGUGCAAUGUCGUCUUCUUCCUCCUUUAGUACAGCUUGCAGAGCUUGUGAGCUCACCAGGAAAUUUAUCUAGAGAUUCCGAACAAUUGUACAGUUCAAUAUAGGUCUGCUUUUUUUUAUUUUAUUUUAUUUUAUUUUAUUUUAUUAUUUUCUUUCUAGACCUUGUCACAAACUGGUCAAAUGUUAAGCAGUGUUGGUCUUUUUAGGUAUAUGUAGUGUUAUUAACAAAAUCCCUCUCUGGUGUCUUGUUACUUUACUCAGAAAUGGUCCAUGGUCAUGUUUGAAAGGAACUUUUAUUGCAUUGCAUUGCACAGUGUUGAUCAUGUUUUAAUUAAUGACUGCCCUUCGAUUUUAUAUGACGGACUGUAUUGGACUUGCUAACCUACAGCUGUAAGCAGGUAGCAUAAUUAACCUAACUGGUGGUCUCUCUUACAGCUCUAUGAAUUUUAAUGAUGUAAAACAGCAUUACUAGUGAUGGGCUGAUCAGUUUUGAGUGUCUGAAUACAACUUAAUAAAUUCAAUAAAGAGG